UCGGUCACGGUAAAUCAUCUUUACAAAGGGAUUUACAACCCUUAAAAUAGUCAUUAUCAAUUGUCAACAACAUGGUGACCCCCCCACUUCCCUCCAGCACGUUUGCAUACAUUGAAGGGCUACAAAAAAAUGACAACCACAUCCUCUUUUCGCUUUACAUGGCCACAAUUUUAGAACUGCAAAACAUCUUAAGUCAGUACAGUACAUCUGGUCGACAUCCUGUAAUAUCACUUUGAUCCUCACGAGGCAUCGGUGAGCGCCUACAAAGUGUCUGAAACAUCACACGUGUUUACUCACAAGGCUUUUCUAUUCAAUCAAAAAAAGCAACAUCCUGCCCCUACGGUCCCAAACUUUGAUGAUUGUUGAUUAUUUAGAAUAUCAUUGUGGUACAGUAAACUUUGGAAUCGUGGGACCAUGAGGCGUUCACCUUGUGAGGAACAAGGACUUUUCAUGUCUUCUUGGAAGCCUGCAAGCACAACGCUACUGUGAUAAAGGCCGAGGAAGGAGACUCGGUUCCUUGUGGAGGGCCUCGGGGGGAAUGCUGACCGGACGGGAAAAGCGGCGUAGGCCCGCUGGAUUCUCCUCAAAGUCAAAAUCAGCACGAGUACAGAGCCUUCGCCGUGGGAGAGGGGAACUGGGGAAUAAGUCUGCAUUGUUCAGAGUACCGUUUUUGUUUUGUUGUUGUUGUGGUCAUCUUUUUCUUCUCACCUACAGUCGCUGACCCGCGUUCGACCCACCACAAUGAUCACACAAGCCUACCAUUCAGCAUUAUAGCAGGACACAAUUCUUCUGUUUCUAUAGUACUAAAUAAUUAAAUUGUCAGUAAACUAUAGCAAAUUGUUUAAAUCAAUUAUAGACAAUAAACGAUUCUUAUAAAAUGAAAUUUCAAAUAAUUUCUUCAGCUGUCCAACGGAAAAUCCAAUUGCUUUUCGCGUAUUUUGUCCUUUAUAAUCUUCCGUAGCGGACACUGUUUCUAUGGUAACGAUAACUCGUAGAAGUGGAAGUAAACGUUUGUCAACCAAGGUACAAUUGCGCGCCAAAUGCCAUUUUACGUGACGAGACGGCAAAUGUGACAAUUAAGUGUAUUUUUGCCAACUGUGGCACAACUUUUAAUAUAACUCGGGCACCUAAACGAGUACUAGUCAGGUGAGAAGAACUAGACAAUCAACGUCACAACAUGUCGGAGGUGCUCCUCACAUCUUCAGAAACGGAAGGGGAAGACGGCGAUGAAGAGUAUGAGGAGGAGACCUCCGAUGAAAUCCCGGCAUCACUGCUCAGCUACUUUGAGUUCUCCAGAAGCCGAGCGGCAGCUUGUGAGAAGCUCGUCCUGGAGGACCUUGAAUACCUCACUGCAUUACGAAGCACCGAACGAGUGACGGAAGCAAAUGUCGCUUUGGUCGAUAAGGACACGGAGACAAUAAAUGAGACGGCAGACACUUUUGAUGACCAAAAUGAAGACAACAGCGCCACCUCUGGCAGUGAUGCGGACGAACAAGAGUUUUCAACUGUGCCCAACGACAGCCAAGAUGUGGGUGGAAGUGAGCUCCAUCUGGACAUGGAGCGUAGGAAACGAGAGGAACGAGACUUUGAGGAGGAGCUACAGAGGAUAAUGGAGAUGGGAAAGCUGCGUCGGAAGGAGGCUGAUAUGAUGGAGUUAAAGGCUCAGGAAAAGCUUGAGCGGGAGUUGCGGCUCCAACAGGAGCGACUCAAUGACAUGAAACAACAAGUGGAGGAGGAGUUGAAAAAGAGCAAAGAGGAGCAGAGGAGCCUGGUGCAGCGACAGGAGGAAGAGGAAAAGAUAAGGAAAGAUAAAGAGAGGCAGAAAAGGAUAGAAGAGAAUCUGAAAGAGCAGCAGCGAGAGGAUGAGAAGAGGAAAGAGGCAGUGAGGAAGCAAACAGAGGAAGAAGAGAGAAUGAAAGAAAAGGGAAGGAUAGCAACAGAAAGUCAACUGAAAGAGGAAGCGGAAAUAACUGGAAGCAAGAUGGAAAAAGAGGAAAGAAAGGCCAAAAGGGAGGAAGAGAGGAGGAGGCAGGAAGACAAACGAGUGCAAGAAGAACUGAGGGUGAACAAGGAGGAAGACAAAAGGCAGAAAAAUGGGAACCUCAUGGAAGUAGAGCAACUGAAGAGGAAGGAGGAGGACAAGAGAAAGCAGGCAGAGAGGAAGGCAAAAGCGAAGGAAGUCUGGAGAAAGAAGAUAGUGGAAGUGGAAAGAACGAGGAAGGAGGAGGAAGAGGAGAAAACAAACCGGGAGGAAGAGGAAAAGAGAAAACUGGAGGCAGAAGUGAUGCAAAUCGAAGAAGAGUUGACGACAAAAGAGGAGGAGGAAGGGAGGAGCAAAAAGGAAGUUCGCAAACAACUGGAGGAGGUGGAAAAGAGGAGGAGAGUGGUGGACCAAGAGGAGAGUACAAGGGGAGAGACAAAACCGAGGGAAAUUGAGAAUGAAAUAAAGAAGAGUGAGCACAUGGAAGAAACCAGCCAAAAAACUAAGGAAGAGAACAAGAGGACAAAAGAAGCUGUAAAGAAGGAAAAAGAAGAAGAAAAGGAGACCAAACAAAUGGAAGAAGAAGCAAGGGGAAAGAAAAAGGGCGAUGGGGAAAUGAGGAGAAAGAUGGAUGACGUGGAAAGGAUGACAAAGCGAGUGGAGCAACAUCCAGAGCAAGGAGAGAAAAGGACAGAGGAGAAUGAAGAGAAAGAAAAACCAAACCAAGAUGAAAGGCUUGCGAUUAGACUCUCCAGCAUUGAAAUGGACAGGAACAUUCAGGAGAACAUUCAUGUGAGCAUCCAUCAAAACAUCCCCAAGAACACCCAACAGAACAUCUGUGACGCCAUCCAUGAUAACAUUCAUGACAACAUGCAUCAAAAGGACAUCACUCAGAAUAUCCUUCAGAACCAGCAUGAGAACAUCCGCCAGAACAUCAGUGAAAACAUACCUCAGAAUAUGUGCAAAAACAUUCAGAACAUCCAUGAGAACAUGCAGGAGAAAAUUCAUCUGAACAUCAAUGAGGAUUUUCAGAGCCUCCAUGAGAACAUUCAGGAGAACACCAACAAGAACAUUCAGGGAAACAUCCAUCCAAACAUCCAUGAGAACACCCACGAGAACAUCAAAGAAAACAUUCAGGAGAACAUCCAGCCGAUCAUCAAUGAGAACAACCAUGCAAACAUUACGGACAACAUCCGUCCAGACAUCCAGCAGAACAUCUAUGAGAUUAUUCAGGAAAACACCCAGCAGAGCAUCCAUGACAACAUUCAGGAGAACAUCAAAGAGAACGUUCAGGAAAACAUCCAACCAAACUUCCAUGAGAACAUUCAGGAGAGCAUCCAUGAGAACAUCCAUGAGAACCAUCAGAACAGCAAAGAUAACAUCCAAGAGAACAUUCCGGAGAACAUCCAUCAGAACAUCAAUGAAAACAACCAUGGGAACAUUCUGGAGAACACCCGUCCAGAUUUCCUCGAGAACCUUCACCAGAACUCCUCAAGCCAAACCUGGCUCUCCCAACUAAUGGAUCAAAGAAGGCUUUCUUGGAUGAAAGUACGCGUCUCCUGGUCGGAAGUACAGAACAGAAGCAGGCGAAGAAGUUCUGUCGGGUCCAGGAGAGAAUCCAGGCGCUCCGCUCGGGACAAUGACCUUCCUCCGCUUUGUCCUGACACGCUGCUGCAGGCUGCAAGCAGGGAUUCCCUGCAGGAGGUGACCAUCUUGGUUCUGGAGGACUUGCCAGGCUGUAAUUUGUCCACUCUGUCUCAGUGCGCGCGACUCCAGUUUCUCACGCUGAGAAGAUGCGGGCUCAAAGUUUUGGAAGGAAUCAACCAAUUAGCGGAGCUGUGCUACGUCGACGUGCAGGAAAAUGACAUCUCAAUGGUGGAUUGUGAGAAUAUGACUGGCCUGAGAGUUCUCAAGAUGGGCCACAACAAGCUGACAUCCAUUCACGGCCUUAGCGGAGCAGAGAACUUGGACGUUCUAGAACUUUCGCACAACUCUAUUACACGCAUUGCUGGUCUCGGCUCCUUGAGGAGACUCCAACGUUUGUCUUUGGACCACAACCAGCUUGUGAGUACUAAAGGGCUGAAGGACGUCUGCACCCUGUUGCACCUUGACUGCUCCCACAACCACCUGGUUGGCGUGGAGUCUUUGGAGAGCAACGUUCUGCUCCGUACGUUGGACCUGACCGACAACAGCCUCACUGAGCCGCCCGCUCUGCUGGACCAAGUCCUCCUCGGGGAGCUUCACAUGGACGACAACAGCCUGGGCUCCCUGCGCUGCCUACUCGCCGCCUCGUGGCUGCCCCACUUGCACACGCUCACGCUGGCGCGCAACAGGCUCACACACCUGCCUGACAUGUCUGUUGCAGUAUCGCUCGCUACUUUGGAUCUGAGUUUCAACUGUCUAUCAGAUGUGCAGAAUGUUUGUCGCGGCCUGCAAGGAUGCUGCUCCCUGAAUGAGGUGCACCUCGCUGGGAAUCCUCUCCAACGGGAGAGUAGCUGGAGAUGCACUCUACAGGCAGCAGUGUCCAGUCUGAAGACCAUCGACGGGACGGAUUCAGACUUCCUCCCGACGGGCUCGGCUGUUGCUAGGCAGAUCGACUCUGCCUCGGACGGUCUUCUCAGCUUGAUCCGGACGCAACUUGAGCAGAUUGGCGAUUUACAGCGGCAGCACAUCGAGCAGCUCAGUCAUGCUGAACAAGCUUCGCACCCGCUGGACGCCAUCAAAAUUUCCUGCGGGCAUUUAACGGAAGCUUUGCACCUGGCUGAGGAGCAGCGACGCUCCCUCGAGCAUACCCACGACAGGCAAACGUCUGCCUUGGAUGAAACUCAGGGUUCGCCCGUUGCCACCACAAGGUCUUUUGUGUCAGAAGAUGGAGAAGGAAAAGUUGCAGAUGGAGGGAGUCUUAAGUCCACGGCGGCAAAGAGCAUCAUGGUCCAGCACCGUGCGGCAACCAUCAUCCAGGCGCGAUGGAGAGGCCUCACCUUGAGGAGGAGGCUGGCGGCCGCACUUGCCGCCGUCACGGCCCUGCAAAGUGACGACGAUGCUUUUGAGGUGGUGGACGUGGAGGAGUUUGUCCUGGAUGAGGCAAUUCUGGACCACGGCUGGACUUUAUCUGAAGAUGCUCCUGCUAGAAGUUUCUCAGCAUCCAAACAGCAGUUGCUUAAUGAGCUCCCCGGCUUCUAUACGCAACAUUCCCCGAGGCUUCUACCACCUCUGCCCACACGGAGGCAUACGCAAGCCUGGGAAGUCAAAGAAUGUGAGGACAAGAUGGUUUCACCACACAACUCCAAUAGGAAAAAGUCUGCAUCAACCUCUGUGGCAAGUGACUUGUCUGAGCGUUCAGAAAGAAUUCUGGAGGAAUGGGGAUUUACCAACAGGCACACAGCUGAGCUGAUGCUGAGGAGAGCCCAGAAGAUGAAGUCCAAACGAAAACCCACAGGUCCAUCGGGGCAUCUGGAGGCCUGGAGAAACCAACCACUUACAACCUAUCAGCUGACAGUUCCAAACAGGCUGGCACGGCGUAGCACAAGUGCUACAAGGGUUCACCAGUCUGAGGCGGACUUAGGGCGAGUGAGGUGGGACCAGACUCGGGAAUGGCUCCGAAACCAGAACGCUUUGAGACACUCAAAAAGCGAACAUUUCUUACCGGACAUCUCCACCGACGCGGUGGGCGUUGGACGACGGCGACAACUUGCACCAGUAGCGGCACGUACGGAACAUCAGCCCAGUGGACUUUGGACCAGUAACGGUUUAUCUGACCAAGCCUGUGGAGCUGACAAAAACACUCCAGGACUUGCAGUUGAGUCAAAACAAGACAUUACAGCUGCAUGGAGGAAGGAGGAGCGCAUUUCAUUUCGGGAUGAGCCCGUGUGUCGAAGCAGUGGCUGGGGUGGAGGGAAGAAGAGACACAAAGUAAAACACUGACACAUUUUCGGAGCUAAGCUACACGAGCCAAGGAGCUAAGCUCAACACACUACCCUUAAGCCCAAACAUAGACAAGCACUUACUUAAAAUAUUGCAGGCUAAAUAAGCACUUUUCACACAACGCAGUUCGUAUCGUGACAGGAAAUCGGAAGCAGGAACUUUUGCUCACCUGCCGGUUCGUCUUUAUUAAGCUUGGACAAAGUCCACUUUUGAAUCCUGAUGUGUUUUGUUAAGUUGAAGCACUUAUGCUAGGUUAGCCUUCUUAUUGCACUUCUUAAGGAAAAAUUUGUUGGAGAAGAAUCAAUAAGUCAAACAUUGUCUGACAACGACAUUUGAAGUUAGCUCAAAUUUGGAAUCUUUCGAAAAGGGACCAAAAAACAGCUUCAAGCCAAAAUGGCCGACUUUGCUCACUCACCGGGGGAGAAGCACAGUGGAGAUUUGAUGACUUGCCGUAAAACCGAAAACUCUUCACAAAAAGCCACUUUUUGUGAGCUAUUGCUGAUAUUUCACCUCAUUAUUUAAUUAGACAGUACAUGUCAAGUCAAAUAAAACCGCCAGCAAACGA